AUGCAGUCUCGUCUCGUGGAUCCGCGUACCAGCGCUUACGGUACUUCCAGAUAUGUCUCACGAUAUAGAGAGGAUGCUAAACGGCUUCAUGUCCAUUCAGACAGAAUCAUGAGAGGAAGAGAGCACAUGAGGGGACAUGAUCACCACAAUAACUACAAGAAUUCUCGUAAGGAAUUCAAACCAUACGCACGGCAUGGGUCCAAACCUAUAGAUCGCAAAGGUAUUAUGUCUUGGCGUGAGAAGGGAAUAAAUAAUGCAUCAAGGGAGCACGGAAAGGAAAACAAUCAGAACGCUGGCGGUGCUUUGAUCGAUGGUGAUGAUUUGAACGAUGGAAUUGUUCCCUAUGAUCAAUCGUUGGCUAUUAUAUCAAAUGCUCUGGUUGGUGAUCUUCGUCACCAAGAUAUAGAUGGCUCAGGCAGUAGUCAGGGAGGACACCGGAAGAGAAUAGCUAGUCAGAUUGUGUCCCCAGCUAUGAGGCAGUCGACAAUGGAUGCGAAUGUGACAAUCCGUAGAAGGAAACAUGCAACUCGAGGAGGGCAGGUAAUAGAGGAGCUGAGUGGUAUGGAACUUCAGGGAGAGAAUAAGGAAGCUAUGGAGUUAGCCGACGAUGAUCUUUUCGAUGAAGAGCUUAAGGAUAUGGAAGAUGCGGUAGUCUCAACAACGGUUCUAGCUGCCUCACGGCCAACUACAUCUUCCAGAGUUUUGAGAGCUUCAAGGAGUACUUCCAGAAGACACAGGCAGAUGGGCAUCCAGAAAAAAAAACAGAGUUCCUCCGUCGAGGCUCUCCAAGAUUACGAUCGACUGUUUCGUCAGCUCCGAAACAAAAAAGUGGAAAAGAGAAGUCCAAGCAUUCUCACCCUGAUUCUAGGAAGAUAA